AUGCCAUAUCGUGGACCACCAUCUAAAGGCUGUCUGACGUGCCGAAAGCGCAAGAUACGCUGCGAUCAGCGUCCCGGAAUAUGUCAGAACUGCGAGAAAGCAAAGCGGGAAUGCGGCGGCUACCGUGACGCUGUCGAUAUGAUGUUCUUGGACGAGACACAGGAAUCAUCUUCAACCAGCAAUAGCACUCCUCGGCAUGCGGGCAGUGCACCGCUGCCUAUCAGUCUCGGGCCCGAGCAGAAGACCUUCUCCGGCGACGUCGAUGUUCUACCUACACAGCUCGAGACGCAAGCUAUGGAGUUCUUCUUCACGCACUUCACGCCGCAGGAGCACAGGCAGAACACAUUCUUCGAGAGCGCACAACAUCCGCUCUCGAACCUUUCAGCUUCUGCGCCAGAUGCCAGUUCUCUGGCACUCUACAACUCCGUACUGGCACUUGGCCUCAUCUCCUUGUACCACUUCCCUCCAGAACCUCUCUCAGCGCCACUCCCUGAGCACGCAUCAGCCAAGUACCUGGCCGCGGUACGUGCCCUAAACCGAGCAAUAUGCGAUCCAUACGAGGUGAAGAAGGACGCAACAGUUCUUGCUGUGACCAUUCUCAUAAUGUACGAGACCUUCGCCAACCCGGAUUCGAAAUCUCCUGAUCCGCGUCAGAAGCACGUCAGUACCUUGAGCGCUUGGUCCAACCACGCGGAAGGCGCUGCUGCUCUCCUGGAGAUCCGAGGUCCUGCUCAGUUCGCCACCAUCGAUGGCCGUCGACUCUUCGUACAAGCCGCCAUACCGAUCUGUGUCAACUGCAUGCAAAGACGUAUCGAUCUCCCCGAAUGCAUCUCCGAUCUCACAAUAGCUGCCCGUACCAUGCCCAGCCACAUCGAAGGCCAGCCCGGCACCGUUAUGGGCGCUCUCUGGCGCUGCUUCGAAUUCACUGUCAAAUACACCGCCUUCUGGGGCAAGACACGCCACCCACCAGCAACGACAUCAACCCCAGAAGAGCUCACCUCCCUUGUGAGCAUGGCCGUCACUCUCGACGAGGAAGCUGUUGGGGCUGCACACACCGUUCUCGGCAGCGCUCCGCGUCGAGUCAUCCAAAAGUCCGACCUGCCGCCUGGUAGCUUCGACUACGAAGAUCUCAUGCCACUUGGCUACUGCCACGAAUACGCUCUCUUCAACAUGGCCGAACUCUCCAACGGCAUCCGCGCCAUGCGUGUCCAGGUCAACCAACUCAUUCGCUCGAUCCUCCUAAUCGGCAUGACUCGCCGUCCUCCCAUGUUCAGCACCGCCGAGCACACCACCUUACUCCAGCACGCUACUGACACUAUGCGCGCCAUGACAGACGGCAUCGUUGCUUCGGUCCCACAGUACCUCGCUACCUGGAUGGGUCGCGCUCGCAGAUAG